AUGGCCGUGGACAAGGUCGAGGAUCAAGGAUGGGACAAUGGAGAGAACUUUGACAUGAAUGUUGUUAGUGCUAUAUCUUUAAGUGUGCUGAUAGAUGAUGAUGCAGAUGGUGAUGCAAGUCAGCAGGAGGGUGGAGAUGAUGUAGGCAUGGCAUCAAAUCCAUCGAAGCCAACUAGAGGAUGGAAGAAAUUGAAGGCUGGGACUAGUAUUCAUUUAUCUCCUUCUAAGACCAAGCUGGUACUGUUCGCCAUCCCCAUCGCGCGACGGCACAGUUGGCUGGGGAAGUGGAAGCACCUUGCAAGGUUGCUGAGCAAGCUCUUGUGGCUAAACGGGAUCCAAGUCAUGGUCCUGUUUAGCCUUCUGUUUCAGCUGGUACUGUUCGCCAUCCCCAUCGCGCGACGGCACAGUUGGCCGGGGAAGUGGAGGCACCUUGCAAGGUUGCUGAGCAAGCUCUUGUGGCUGUCGUACCAGCUGGCCGACAAGACGGCGCUCUAUGUCCUCGGGCACAUGGCUAUCAGCAGCAGCCCGUCCAGCGAACACAGGCAGCUCAUGGCCCUGUGGGCGGCACUCCUGCUGGUGCACCUCGGCGGCCAGGACACCAUCACCGCGCUGGCCCCCGAGGACAACCGGCUUUGGAAGCGCCACCUGCUGACGCUGGUGGUGCAAACAGCCGGGGUGUUAUACGUCACCCCCGUGCACCGAGGAAGCAACAAGCAGCUGAGCGCUGCUGCUGGCUUGAUGGCAUUCCUUGGGUUCGUCAAGUUCGUCGAGAGAAUCUAUGUGCUCUGGUUCUCGGCGGACAUGAGAAAUGUCUUCGGCCUCGUCGGCCGGCUUGCUCCGCCAGCAGCAGAGGGGAUUUACACCAGCCCGCCGGGCCCAAUGCAGCAAGAGGAGGCACUGAAACUAGCACACCGCAUGCUCAAAUUCAGCAUGGGUCAAUUCAUCGAUGACAAAGCCGAGCUUGCUACAUACCAGAGAAGCGUCAUCAUGGCCCACCAUCAUGACAACGACACACUGUACAAGCUGGUCGAGCUGCAGCUGUCCUUGAUCCAUGACAUGUUGUACACCAAGUCGCCAUCGAUCCAUACAUGGCUGGGGUGCCUCAUCCGUGCCUUCUCGUGGGUCGCCACGGUGGUCACAGGCACGCUGCUGGUGUUCCAUUUUGUGAGCAGCACAAACUAUGGAGGCGGCGGGUUCGAUGCUGGAGUGACGUUCACCUUGCUAGCUGGAGCCUUCAUCCUGGAGACCGCGUCCUUGCUCAAGGCGGCAGGGUCGACAUGGACAGUUCAGAUAUUGGACAACAGAAGAUGGAAUGGCCUUCGCCGUAUGAUCCUCUUGUUCCGGCGGCUUGUCAAGGCGGCAGACUGCAGUCGGAGGUGGCCGGGCUUCAUCGGGACAUACAGGGAAGUCGCCGGCCGAUUACCUUGGUCCAGGGAUGGGUUAUCAUGGGAAGAGAUAAAGCCAAAAACCAAGGCAUACGUGCUGGAUGGGAUACGCAGGAUGGUGGCUGAUUGCCAGGGCAACGAGGAGAUGCUUAGGACCAGCCGAGGUGGGCUGUCGCUACAGCGACUACCAGUGCCUAAUCGACAAGAACAAGAACUUGUUCAGAAUAACAUUAUCCAUAACGAGUUUGAUGAGAGCAUCUUCAUCUGGACCUCAGUCAGCAGAAGAUUCGUUGAGCCCUUUGAAUCAUUGGAUGAAGCAAAUCCGUUGUGCCCCCUUCGUGAUGCAAUCAUACAGAUCUCCGAAUACAUGGGGUACCUCUUCAGGAAAAAACCCGACAUGCUGCCACCCCCUGUGCGCCAUGGGAUGCAAGUGCCAUUAGAAUUCACAGAUACAAAUAGGCGGAUCCACAAGGCGCUGAACCGUGGGGACUUUACGGAUCUGUCAAAGCUGGAGGCCGUACUUGGGGUGUGGGUGGAGAUGUUGUGCUACGCGGCCAGCUACUGCAACCGGAUGUCCCACACCACGGAGCUCAAAAACGGGACGGGCGAGUUCGCCACCAUCGUGUGGCUUGUAAGGGCUGCCCUCUUCCAUGCCUCAAGAACUAAUCGGUAA